AUGAACUGCAUUGCGGACAGAAUCGCUUCCGGGAAGUCCUGGGUGGCAGUAGCGAUCGUAUUUGGACUGCUUUGCCUGAACGAAAUCGCGUCUGCACAGCCAGGAUACGACAGAGUUGCACGUGGAAACACUGUCGGUAUCUACGACAGUCUGCUGAAUUUCGCGAACCUGGCGAAGGAAGACAUCGCGGGACAAGUGAACGAAGAAAUAUCGGGCAGCGUUAAAGAACGACAGAAACGAUUAUCGGAUCAGAGGCGAGCAGAGCUAGAGACCCUGAUGGCUCUUUCGAAAAUGACGGGGAAAUUGGUGAACGUGAUUAGGGGAGGUCGUCAGCUGGAAGCGAAUAAGAAUGGUCGCAAGAAGAGGUCGAUCUUUGACAUAAACGUGAGGAACCUGCAGAAACUCUUCCGGAUGUCCGAAAAACUAGGAUACAAAGGAAACGGGGCAUACCCUGUUAUUAGUUGAGGUUUCGUGAAAAUGCAGAAAAGAUUCGCGUGAAUCUAAUUUUCCAAGAAGAUACAUCGAAUCAGAAAAGGAUGAC